GUGGUUCAGGUGUGUGUAUAUAAAGAGCAGGACAGCCUCCUCAUCAUCACUGCAUCACUCACCUGAUACCUGAACAUCAGCUCACAUUUACCUGACAGACAUUCAGACUUGAUCUUCCUUCAUCCUCCUCAUCAUCUUCAUCAUGAAGGCUCUCCUGCUCCUCUCUGUUUUGCUCAGCAGCGUUCUUGCUAUCACAGCUGCAGCAGUGGAAGCUGUUGAAGCUGCACCACAGGAGCUGCACGAGGACAACCAGUUGGGACAAAAUGAAGUUGGAGUUUUUGUUCAUGAAGAGGAAGAGCCUGACAUGUUAUCUGCUGGAGAGGUGGCUUCAUCAGCUCAAGGUCGUUUCUUCACAUGUCCCUCUGGUUGGGUGAGAUACAAGAGCGGCUGCUAUCUGUACGUGAGCUCCGGCAGAUCCUGGAGCAGUGCUGCGGCCUACUGUGCCAGUCUGGGAGCCUCCUUGGCUUCUGUCCAUGAUGUGUUUGAUUACACUUUCCUCCAGGAUCUUACCAAGAGAGCAGGAAGCUCCUACGCCUGGAUGGGAGGAUUCUACUUUCAGGGCUGGAGGUGGGUGGAUCAGAGCUCCUUCAGCUACAGCUACUGGAGCUCACAGUCCUCUGCCAGCAGCUAUCCGUGCAUCUACCUUAAUGCCAGAGCGGGCUGGUCCAAUCAUGGCUGCAGUACUACAUGGCCAUCCAUCUGCAUGAGGAGAGCUGAUAGCUGCUAAACCUGACACCAGGAUACAGCUGUGUGUACUGAUCUUAAUCAUAAUCAUGUGAAUGUGAUGGAGGACAUUUUGGAUAAGUGUUAGCAUUCAAAUCUUUUUUUUUAAAUUUUAGGUAAAAGAAUGGGACUCUUCUCUCAUGAAAGCUACAGACUUGUUGAUGACUUCAUGCUGUACAUAUGAAACUAAAUGCUUCUUGCUUGUUGAUACAAAAUCAUAUUUGUAAAGAGGCCACAGUGAUGAUUUCUUUUUUUUACUUUGGAAUACAUGUUUUACAGAAAUAAGAAUUGUAUUAGAAAGUGAAACACAGAAAAUAAAU